CAGUAGGCCAGAUAACGCUGCCAGGUGGCGCAAUCAGAGUAGUUAUUUGAUUGUAAAGUGACCGAAUUAUUCAUACCAUACCACAAGACAUUUCAACCGAUACCGAAUUCAGACACAGUUGAAUCAAAAAUGGACACCGCCACAAAAGGGAACACCGAGUCACAAUCCGGUUCUGACUGGGCUGAGUUGACACACGAGUGCCUGAUUAACAUCCUCGCUCGCCUCACCCUGGAGCACCGAUGGCGAGGACCCAUGUUGGUCUGCAAGUCCUGGCUUCAGGCUUGCAAGGACUCGUCUCUUCACUCGGUUUUCGACCUCGAGACGCUGUUCGAAUCUGCCACCGAGUCGACUCGCUGGUGGUCUGCCGAGUUCGAGAGGAGGGUCGAUUCAAUACUCCAAUCUGUCACCGAAUGGAGCGAUGGCUCAAUUAGGGAGAUCCGCACCAGGCACUGCUCCAAUCGCUCACUUGCUUUCGUGCCUGAAAGGUGCCAGAACCUUGAGGUUCUUUCAAUCAAGAGCUGCCCAAAUGUUACUGAUGCAUCCAUGGAAACUUUAGCUUUUCGGUGCCCCAUGCUAAGGGAAGUUGACAUUAGCUAUUGCUAUGAGAUAUCCCAUGAGUCUUUGGUGUUGAUGGGAAGAAAUUGUCCAAACCUUAAAAUAUUGAAACGAAACUUGAUGAAUUGGAUAGAUCCUUCCCAGCAUUCUGGAGUUGUUCCUGAUGAUUAUCUUAAUGCUUGUCCUCAAGAUGGAGAUUCAGAAGCUGAUGCAAUUGGGAAAUUUAUGCCUCAAUUGAAGCACCUUGAGAUUCGGUUUUUAAAGUUAUCGUCCAAAGGCCUUGCUUUUAUAUCUGAAGGGUGUGUGAAUCUUGAGUAUUUGGAUUUGUUUGGGUGUGCAAACUUGACUAGCCGGGAUAUUCUAAAUGCAUCAUCAAAUCUUACGAACUUGAAGGAGAUAAAAAAGCCAAACUUUUACAUCCCAAGGUCAGUUUUUCAUACAGAGAGGUAUGGGCACUGGCGGUUGUAUGAUGAGAGAUUUCAAACAGACAUUUUCCGCAUUUAAUCAGGUAAACCUGGAUAUAAAAUGCUUGUUAACAAGUUGUUGUGGUCUCAUAAGUCCUGAGAAUAUAUAGAUCUGUAUAGCUUUUAAAAAGGUGAUGCUGUAGCCAUUUUACUGCUUAAAUUUUCCAUGAUAAAGUUAUUCAGUGAUACCUGUAUUUUUGAGCUAACAUUUUGGUUGUUAUUGUCUAUUUUGUAAAACAUCUUUUGGCAAUCAAGAACUUUAAGGGAAGUAGUUGUUUUAUCCAGUGGACCUGCCUUCAAUAUUCAAUUGAAGGGGGAGUAGUUUUUAUUAUUCUUUUUCUAUUUCUGUAUAAGUAUGCAUACUAAAUUGGUAUUGUAUUUUACCUUAGCUCUGCCACUUGUUACAAUUGUCUUGAAUGUCAACUAUUUUAUUUAUUGAUUUAUUUUUUCCCAUUCCCCUUCUAAUGUGGCUUGUGGAGUUUCUUAUGGAAUCCCUAGGUUUUAAAUUUUAAGUUUCUAUUAAUGUCUAAAUAUCAUUGACAAUAAGGCAAAUUCAAAUACAUGAUAUUUUUUGGAGCAGUAACAGAUUUAAGUAAAUCACAACUAAUUUUAUGCACAAGCGGUGUCAUGCACUAACUUGUAAAAUUCAUUGACCACUCACACACGUCAAAUAUGUUGCAUUGCCAUAUAGCAUUUUCAGUGUUUCUUGUCAUCUUUAAAGGUUUAGACCAUGUUAUGGGUGUUAUAGUGUGGGCAUGGAGUCGGAUUUUUUGAGGCCAUUGCCAUUGACAGUGUUGACUUUUCUGGUAGCAAUGCUUUUUUUUUUUUUUUUUUUUUCUUUUCUGUGGAAAGUUAUUGAUUGUGGUGGCACCUUGGAUUUAGAUGAAGGUUACUUGUUAUUUGUGACACUUUCUGUUUUACUUUGUUGAAUGAAAAGCUCUUUCUCCUAGCCAAAAUAACAAAAGAAAAAAAAAGAAAGAAACAAGAAAAAAAGGGGCUUUGGCUGGACUUAUACUCUCUUCCACCAAGAAAUUCAAUGGCCCAGAUUAUUUUAUAAAUUGUCUUUUGGUAAUAAAUUGUGCAGUUGUCUUUUAACUUGUCUAGCUAAUGUUGGCUGCCCAUGAACAAUUUACCGGCCUUGGUAAAGCAUAACUUUUUUUGACCUAUUUAACUCUGAAAUGCUUGCAUGAGUGAAUGUGUGCUAUAAGGUGGCUAGUUUGAGUAAAGUCGCAUAAAAUAGGUGUUGCAAUCUCAUUGAUCUUAAGAUAGCAUGGGUGUGUUAUUACUGUAUGGAGUAUCUACCUAUAGUGAUGUAUGCGUUUGUGUGCAUUGGAUAUGCAUUGCCAACUUGGCUACUAGAGAAUAGUACCAGCUGGAGCGGUACUGAUGUUAGGGGAUGCUGAGGGCUUAUGGCAUUAGGUUUUUAUUCACCAAUUUUGGGUCUAGAUAAUGCUAUCAAUACAGUGUUUCAAGGCACUAGGAGGGGGAGGGGGGGAUAGUGGUUUAAAAUUUGAACAUCUAGCUUUGAGGUAUCUCUAUGCUGAUGCCAAAGUCAUUUUUCUUUUAAUUGAAUGUGCUGAUAUUUCCGUGCAUGUGGGACUUUUGAUUCAUGAUUGCGGGCUGCUGAUCCAGAAUUACCCUUAGCAGAACCAGCCACACUGUUGCCACCGUGAUGGCAAACAAGCAGUCUGGCCUCUUGGCAAAGAAUGGUGCAUUAACAAAUAUGUUACUUACAAUCUAUUAUUCCCCCUCCUCCUCAUGUUCAAUGUAUAAAACCUAGAUAAUAUGUAAAUUUCUAUCGCCAGGAUAGUUCCUUAUGAAUUCUGUCUGAUUUCCUUCA